GCGGGGCUCCAGCCGCCGCGGGAUCUGCAGUUCGGACUCGCCACAGCCGCCGCAGUUACCUCCACUCUAGUGGCCCCGCGGCCCUGCGGGGAGUCCGGGGGUCAGCUGCCUGUUCAGACCUGGCACGGGGCCGGCCCCGCCUCUCUCUCCCUCUGUGGGGCCUAGACGGCCGGGGCCACGGGGACAUGGAGCCCUCUCCCGCCACGGGGGGCUCGGAGACUACUCGCCUGGUGAGCCCCCGGGACCGCGGCGGCGCUGGUGGCGGCCUGCGUUUGAAGAGUCUCUUCACAGAACCCUCAGAACCCGUCCCUGAGGAGCCCAAACCUGUGGAGAUGCCCUUCCACCACUGCCACAGGGACCCCCUGCCACAGCCGGGUCUCACCCCUGAGAGGCUGCAGGCGCAGAGGCAGCUGUGUGCUGCCUGUGCUGUAUGCUGUGUCUUCAUGGCCGGGGAGGUGGUGGGUGGAUAUUUAGCACACAGCCUGGCCAUUAUGACCGAUGCAGCCCACCUGCUGGCCGAUGUGGGCAGCAUGAUGGCCAGCCUCUUCUCCCUUUGGCUCUCGACUCGUCCAGCCACCCGCACCAUGACCUUUGGCUGGCACCGCUCAGAGACUCUGGGGGCUUUGGCCUCUGUGGUCUCCCUCUGGAUGGUCACUGGCAUCCUCCUGUACCUGGCCUUCAUCCGCCUGCUGCACAGCGACUACCACAUCGAGGGGGGCGCCAUGCUGCUGACCGCCAGCAUCGCAGUCUGUGCCAAUCUGCUAAUGGCCUUUGUGCUGCACCAGGCUGGGCCCUCCCACAGCCAUGGGUCUAGGGGGGCUGAGUAUGCACCGCUGGAGGAGGGGCCUGAGGAGCCCCUGCCCCUGGGGAACACCAGCGUCCGGGCGGCCUUUGUGCAUGUGCUGGGGGAUCUCCUGCAGAGCCUUGGGGUGCUGGCUGCCUCCAUCCUCAUCUACUUCAAGCCUCAGUACAAAGCAGCUGACCCCAUCAGCACCUUCCUCUUCUCUAUCUGUGCUCUUGGGUCCACGGCUCCCACCCUUCGAGAUGUUCUUCGCGUGCUCAUGGAAGGUACCCCCCGAAAUGUGGGGUUUGAGCCGGUGAGGGAUACACUGUUGUCAGUGCCAGGAGUCCGGGCAACUCAUGAGCUGCACCUGUGGUCCCUUACGCUCACUUACCAUGUUGCCUCCGCCCAUCUGGCCAUCGACUCCGCAGCAGACCCUGAAGCUGUCCUGGCCGAAGCCACAUCCCGGCUCCACUCCCGGUUUGGAUUCUCCAGCUCCACCCUGCAGGUCGAGCAGUACCAGCCCGAGAUGGCCCAGUGCCUGCGCUGCCGGGAACCCCCCCAAGCCUGAGCUGGCCCAGCCCUCACCCCACUGCCAGGCCCUGGCUCAGCCCUGGACUCUCAGCACCUGCCUCCCUGCUCACAGAGCAGGGAUGAGCCAGGCCCUUCCCCCUUUCUCCUUCCUCUCGCCUUCUUCCCACCUGCCGACUCCCCAGCCCCCAGUCCCAGUAGGCAAGACCAAAGUGUGUGGGGGGAAGUGGUUCGGGAGUUGAGAUGAGCAGGAAAUCAGUGCAGUGGGGUUGUGUGGAGGUUCCCUGGUCCCUGCUCUCCACGGCCUGGGAUGCUGCAAGCGUCCCUUCCAUGCAGUCCAUUUGUCUGUGUGGCAGGCUGGCUGGCUUGGGGCAUCUGCCUAUCUUUGUGCUGUUAGUGUGCCUAUGCCUGGGGGAGGUCAGCAGAGGCCCCUCCCCACGUGGCCCUUGCUCUGUCUAUGCAGGAGCCCCAAAGCUCACACUUUGUCCGUGUGUUCUGGCCCUGUGGUUUUGUCUGUGUGUGUGUGUAUGUGUGUGUGCGCGUGCGUGUGUGUUUCUUGGUGCUGUGGCCUGUGUGUCUCUGUGCCUGUGUGGCUGUGCUAUGGUCUCUAUGAGUCUGCACUAUCCAUGUGUCUGUCUGGGGGUCUGUGUCCAUCCCUCUGUUGGUGCUGUGCCCUCGGCUAUCCCAGAGAGAGGGAGGACUUCGCCGCAGCUCCACCAAUAAACUAACUUAUGUCUAACUGCA